AUGGCGGGCCGCCCAGCUGUUGCAGCAUCAGGCCGGUGGCUGGAUGGUAUUCGAAAAUGGUAUUACAAUGCUGCAGGGUUCAAUAAACUGGGCUUAAUGAGAGAUGAUACAAUAGCUGAGAAUGAAGAUGUAAAAGAGGCCAUAAGAAGGCUUCCUGAGAAUGUUUAUAAUGACAGGGUGUUUCGCAUUAAGAGAGCACUGGACCUGAGCAUGAGACAGCAGAUCUUGCCUAAAGAGCAGUGGACAAAAUAUGAGGAGGAUAAAUUCUAUCUUGAACCAUAUCUGAAAGAAGUUAUUCGGGAAAGAAAAGAGAGAGAAGAGUGGGCAAAGAAAUAAUCAUGUAAUUGAAAUGUGGGUGCAGCUGUCCCCAAAGUAUUUUUAUGGAGUUGGUAAAACCUAAAAUGUACAAUUUAAGAACUACUUGGGCUACAAAUAUAUUACUUUAAACAAAUA